AUGGAAAAGAUUAUGCCUGGAUUAUGUUUGCUGGACCGAUGGAGCUGUGAAAGGAUAAGAGCACUCACGAAAGUCAGAGACAGGCUGAACGAGGCUUCAAGAAGAGAACUCAUGUGGGCUAAAAAUAUACGUGAGAUGGACGAGGGCGUAUGGGCUCGCGUGAUUACGACAUGGAUUCCAUAUGACUACGAAGACCGAAGAAGGAGAGGACACCCUUCUAUUCGAUGGCGCGAUGAAUUGUCGAGAUCGGAAAAACCUGGUGGAGUAUGA